GCCCUACUUCCUGCCUGCUGCUGCCAUAACUUUACUGUACACGAGUAAACACACACACAACAAACCAGAGCAACGCGGCCAUUCAGCAGAGAAAUAAAGAGCAGAAGCUGUGAAUCUGGAUACCAACUUCAGCGCCGUUCUGUCAAGCAAUACGAUCAGACCUGACUGAGGGAGCAUUUGUGGGCUGCUCUCUUCUUCAGGUCUGAGAAUGACUCAGCAGGAGCAGCAGGAUUUCAUGGAGAGCCUGGAGGCAGCGCUCUCCUGGAUGCAGGCCAUCCAGGAGAGGCUGAAGGCUAAUGACAACACGCAGGGACCCCGUGAUGCCCUGGAGGCCCGACUCAGGGAGACAGAGAAAAUCCAUCAGUCGGAGCAUGAAGGUCUGGUCAAGAUGGACCUGGUAAUGGUGGCGGCUGAGAACCUUCUGCAGAGUGGAGAUGAAGAGAUGAGGAACCACACCCACACUAAGCUCAAAGAACUGAAGAGCCUGUGGGAGGAGACAUCUACCUACAUCAUUCACUGUCACAGUCGUAUCGAGUGGGUGUGGCUUCACUGGAGCGAGUACCUGAAGGCUUACGAGGAGUUUGAGCUUUGGCUGACGCGACUGCAGUGUGUCCUAGACACUGGGGUGGAGCUGCAGUUUGGGGUGAAGGAGAAGCUUUGGCAGGUGGACCAGCAGAGAGUGGCGGUCAGUGAUGUCCAUGGACAGGCAGUGCUGUUGGAGAGGCUGUUAGACGAAGCGGCCGCACUGCACAACCGAACUCAGGACCCCAGUGUGGAUUCCCAAGCCCAGAAGAGUCUGCAGGAGGCCUACAGAGAUGUCCGGGACAGAGCUGAGGAGCGUCUUUUGCUGCUUCAGAAGAUCGCAGAGGAGCACCAGACAUACCAAGGCUGUGUUCAGAGGUUCCAGUCCUGGCUGCUGUCGAAAACCAAGGAGCUGACCGAUCUGAUGGACAGAGAGAACACGGCUGAGGACAAGCUCAAAGCCUUACAAGCUCUGGAUGACAGUGUAGCUGGUGAGGAGAAAACCCUCCAACACAUUGAAGGUUUGGCCGAGGCAGUGAGGAGAAGCACCUGUCCAGCAGGAGCAGAGGUGGUGGUGGAAGAGGCUGAGGAGCUGAGGCUUGGCUGGCAGAGGCUUCGACAGGGCCUGUGUGAGGCUGGGGAGGGCCUGCGCUCCAGCCUGGACUCUCACAGUCAGUACAUGUCUAGAAGCCAGCGGCUGGAAGAAGACAUCGGGCGCCUCAGAGUGCUGUUGCACGAGCUGGACCAUGAGCUGGUUGUGGGCCACGAGGCUGAAGACCACACUGACUGCAAUGAGGAGCAGAUGGUGGGCCAGUGGAAGAAAUACACAGGUGUAAGGAAUACACUGGCAGGGGAAGAGUCCCAAGUGGAACUUCUAAAGUCUCAGCUCAAGGAGCUCUUUAAAUUCUCAUUGGACUCACAGCACCUUUCUGACGAUGUCCUGGCUGUUGUCAAAGAGCAUCAGAGUGUGAAAUCUAGAGCAACCAGACUGUGUUCCGAUUCAGAGUCAGGACUGAGAAACGUUCUCCAGGAUCCUCUGCUGGUCUACGCCCAGUGGAGUCACAUGGUAUCUCAGGUGUUGGAGGCUUCUGCUGAGGUUACAGUUUUCUCCCACAUUGCCAUGCUGGUUCAGAAGAUAGAGCAUCUGCUGAAGGAAAGUGUCCAGCUCCAGGAGCGUCUGAGUCUGCUGCAUGUGAAGGGAGACCUGCUGGACUCUGUGUUUGGUCCAGAGAGGUCUGAUGGUUUACUGGGUGAUCUAAGUGCUGCCAUAAAAAACAGAGAGCUGCUGCACACCCAGCUACUGCAGAGGAGAAGCAGGCUUCAGGCUUUAAUUUCAAGAACCAAGGACUUUGGUGAUGCCUACAAGUUGAUACGCUCCAAGAUGGCCCAACUUCGUGACCGAUUGACAGCAGCAGAUGUCCUACAGCCUGACAUCUUGGCCAAGAAAAGUCAGUCAGACCAGUUCACGGUAAUCCAGAGGGACAUAGAGGACUGUGAAGCCCACAUCACAGCACUGGAGACUCUGGUCUCCUCCAGUCAGAACAACAGGACUCAGUUUGAACUGCUCUAUGCUGACUGGAAACAUCUGCACAAGGCAGUCAGGAUAAAGGUCCAGGAAAGUCAGCAGAGCAUCGCAGAUCAUGAGAGCUUCCAUGACAGCCUUCUGAACAUAGAGAAAUGGCUGAUGAUCAUGAAGCAAAAGCUUAAGUCCUUUCAAAGUUCCUCAGGAGAAUGGAGCAUCGAAGGUCGCCAGCAUGAAGCUCAGAGAGCACUGGGGGAGUUUCCUGAGAAGGAGAUUCAGCUGCAGCACAUGGAGGUCCAGGGUCAGCGGGUUUUGGAGAGGACUUCAGAGGAGGGACGGAUCCACAUUGUAUGUGACAUGAAGCGGCUACGAGAGUCCUGGAUGGCCCUCUACAACAUGAGUCUCAAUCUUCACAGGCUAAUGAACAGCUCCAUUAAGCAUACAGAGUCUGGCUUUAGGAGUAUUGGAGGUGGCACAUUCACUCCCGAGGAGGAGGACAGUGAGGUCUGGACAGGAUCCAGAGGAUCCAGAACCCAGAGAGGCCAACAACAAGAUGAAACCAUAGAGUUAUUUGGUACCUUUGCUAGUCCUGGACCAAAAGAAGGCAUGGAGGGAGUGGAUGUGGAGAAUGUGAUUUCAGGGCAAGGUGAGUGGAUCCAGGGUCACUCUGAAGGUCACAUCAUACUGUCGGGACAAGAUGGGGAACAUCUCAGUCAGAACAUCUCAUCAAAGACACACGUGGACAGCAGGCGCUCUUUUAAAGGAGAUGAAGUUGAUUCCUUUGCUUGGAGCUUCCAUGGCGAAACUCAAACUCACAAAGACACAGAUGGAUUCCCUGACAGUGAAGACUCAACAGUGUCCGACAGUCACGUCUUGAUUGGAGACAGAGGUGUAGCAGCACUGACCACAAAGGGGAGUGCAGGAGAGUACAGAUCCAGAAGGGCAGAGUUUGAAGCCUGGCUGUGCAAAGAGAAUGAACUUCUUUCAGGAAUCCUCAGCAACAGAGGAGCAACAAUGAGCACCAAAGAACUCAAGAUCAGACAGAACACCCUGAAAACUCUGAGAGCAGGAGUGGCCUGGGGUCAAGAGCAGUUCCAGCUGUUGCUUCAGGAAAGUCAGAGCAAAGAGGCUGGUUCUGGGUCAGCAGAGGAUCUGGAUCUGAGUCUGGAGGAACUUCGCUACCGCUGGAUGCUCUACAAGUCCAAACUGAAGGAUGUGGGAGACGUCAGGAUGAGGAAGAGCAGUGCUAAGAGAGUCCAAGCCAAACAAGAGGAGCUACUCAAUGCAGCAAAGAUACAAAAGAAGCCCGGCCUGAUGCAGCGUGUGUGUCGGCUGGCGUUGCCAUUGUGGCUCCUCUUCCUCGCUCUGCUUCUCUUGCUGUUCCUGCUGCCGCUCAUGGACGAAAGCCACAGCUGCUCCCUCUCCAACAACUUUGCCCGGUCCUUCAACGUCAUGCUUCGCUACGAGGGCCCUCCACCCACAUAGGACAAGACAACGUGCAGUAACAUCCAAUGACCAUGGCUAAUGUAGGAAAUGUUAACUGGAAUACUUGACAUCCCACAUUCCCCCGUCCUUUAAUCGUCAUGUAUUAACUGUAACAUGACACCACACAUUCUGAAGUAAAAUAUAGAAACUAUACAGCUUUAAACCAUCAGAUCCUGUGUCGAGGACCUCACACUCAUGUUAAUGCUUUGACUGCCACUAAUACACAUUUGCUCAUUUUACUAUAUAGGAGCUCUGCUGAAACUGAUAAAUCCUACAUUCAUUACCAUUAGUAAAUACUGUAAUACGCAUUUACUAACUGUCAAUUCAUGUUUUAACUAAAUAUUUAAUGGUUAAUUAGGUAUAAAUUCAUACAGGAUUCAAGGAUUUAUAAAGCUACUAGUAAUGUCAGUUAACAGUAAUAACUGUUAAUCGUUUAUGAGUACUGAAUAAGUAUUACUAAACUGUAAUUAAGCAUUUAUUAACCAUUAUUAACAUGCUCUUUGUGACCCUUAUUGUAAAGUGGUCAAGUAUCAUUUAACAAAGACUUUAUAAACAUAUAAAGAUGCUAAAUAAUGCAUGGGUACAGGUAUGCUUAAGUAAUUGCUUAACAGAGUUAACUAAUGAUGAUUUAGUGCUACUAUACAUAAAUGAAGGGUCACUUUUAAUCGCAUUUACAGUUAUUUAAAGCUUUAAUUAACUGUCAGUUACCAGUUAUUAAUGACAUUAACAGUAACUUUAUAGACCCUUGAAUAAUAUAUGAAUUAGUACCUUCAUUAACCUGAAUAACAUUAAUGAAUGAAAGACUGAAACACCAAUCACAAGGAGUGAUGUUUUUCUGACUGUCGUGGGUGGAGCUAACCGUGCUAUUGUACUCUGGUACCCCAUGAGAGUGGUGCCAAAUAAUGGACUGGUUGAGGCUGGUUAUUUUGUUACUAAACGCAGAAACAAAAAUGUAAUGUACUGUACUGAACCGCAUAGAAGCGUUCCACUCAGUGGAAACACAGCUUUAGUAAAUGCUUAUAACAGCAUAAUGUCAACGAAAGAACCUUUAUUGUAAAAGCUGCAUACAGUAAUUCUUCAUGUUUGAUGUAACCUCUAAAAGGAUGGACGUCAGAGUAACAUCUGCAAACACCAAAUGUAAUAUUAAUGCAUUUAUUUAAGCCUGUAUCCAUGUAGUCUUUAUGACGUUGCCACCCACCAGUUUGCAUUGGACUUUAAGCCGAAGUACAUUUCUGCUUUUACCAAGAUCGUUUAUAACAAGAAGAGCUUUUAUCUCCUUCCUGAGAGAUUUAAUGGAAGUAAACAUGUGGCCACUUGUUUGGUUUAAUCCUUUUUUAUCCAAAUAUCUUUUUAAUUCAGAAAGAAACAUAGUUUUCUAUUUUAUUAAGUGGUAAAUUCCCAUAAUUCCUGCCCUCUAGGUGUUACUAUUUUCAGAUUUCUCUAUUAUUCUAUGUUAACAAGAUUAUGUUUUACAUUAAAAAAAAAGUAAACUUCUGCUGUUAGUUUAUACCAAGAGAAACUUUAAUUUCCUUCCGAAGAGCUGGAUUUAACGGAUGCAAACCUGUGGACACUUUAAAAUGGAAGCCUUUUUUUACUUUGUUUUGUGUUUAGACACAUUAGACACUUUUUUAAUGAAUAUCCUAUCCUUUUUAUUCAGAAAAACGCAGUUUUCUUUUAUUUAUUUUCGGUGAAUGAAUACAGUUACAUAGAAUUUCCAUAAUUGCUAGGAGUCACUUCUUGUCUUCUAGCUACAUUACAUCAUACAUUGACUCCAUGACACUGCUCAGCUGUAUUAACAGGUCAUUUGAUGUAGAGUUCAUAUUUUACUGCAAUAUUCACUAACAAGAAAAAAAAUCUAAAUUCCUACAGCCAGAUACAGCCACAUGUCCGUCUUCCUGCCAAACUGUGUGAGAGAAACAGACAAACACAAGCGAGUGUAAAAUAUAUAUCAUAACCAGCCAUAAUGUAUUAUUAUCUUACUGUGUAAAACCACUUGAACUAUCCCUUUAAGAUGUUUCAACCACCUCAUGAGACCUGGCCGUUAUAAGUACAGUUGCUAUUUUGGUUUGAUCUGUCUUUUUUCUUUUUUUCUGGCGUCAUCACCUGACCUAAACCACCUGGCUGUAAUCACUGUGUGCAAACCCAAAAUAAACCAGAAAACCAACACACCUCACCUCCUCCUAAAACACACACCACAACACCUCCUCCACAUGCCGUCACACACUCACCACUUCAUUUCCCUUUUUUGGUUUGAGUGUUUGAGUUGUAUUAGUUUUAUCGUGUUGUCAUGGCAACAGUGGCCACAUUAAGUCUGGCAUCCAGGUUUGUGUUAUGAAGUCUUUGUGUGUUGCGGCUUCACAUGUAUUGCAGCGUGUGUGAUGUUUCAUUCUGCUUUUGAGAAGGACUUUAAAGGCUUUAAAGAGCUCAGGUCGCAUCAAAGAAAAAGAUAUUGUAAACACAGCAAAGGUAACUCUAACUUAUGUUAGGGUUACAGUUGCAUGGGAUACUGACACAUAGUCAGCUCUGUACACCACCUACAGAUGUGUGCUGACAAAGUUAGUGAUUUUAUAGCACAGCACACAGGAGAUGUUGAUCAACAUCAGAUUACAGCCAGAUUACAGCCACGUUACAAAAGGCUCAUCUAAUAAAACAUCCGCCUAAAAAAAAACGUUCGAUUUUAGUAUGUUUAUGUCACUGAAGUAAGUCCAAAUGAAGGAUUUUAAACACAGAACUCUAAAGAGUCACUGAAUGCACUGAUGGAGGCAGCAGUGGAUCAACCUGUAACUAUAUAAAUCCAUGUGUAAGACUAGACUAGACUAUGUCAGUAUGUGAACAGUUGGUCUACUUACAAAUCUAAACAAAAAAAAAUAGUUAUGAUCAGUUUCUAAAUAAAAGACAUUCUAACAAAAGCUUCGUAACGACAUGAAACUGUCACACUUACAUGAAAGUAAGAGUUCAUAUCUCACACAUUAUCCUAACACACCCACUGGUGUGUAGUGGCAAAACCAUGCUUAUUUUAACAUGCAAAUAUGCAAUAUAUAUACCUUUUAAAUAAAGGUGUAAAAAAAAAAAAAAAUACCAAAAAGCAUACUGAAGGCAUGCAGCUACAUGUAUACUACACAAUCACAUAUACUGAGUGCCAUAACCUUAUGUUUUUUUUCACUAUACUUUAUGUCUUUAUAUUUUUUAUUCACUAUACUGUAUGUGUUUUUCGUCCUGUCGUUCAUGUUACGUGACAUGAUGAAUCAGUUAUUAGGCUGGCACUGUACUGCUUUAUUUAUAAUCUCCCUUCAGAGAAGCCUAUGAACGCCUGGACCAAUCACACGUCAUCUGUCAAAGUGCAAAUCAGUAGCUGAUGUAACAAGAGCACUGACUUUAAAUCUCCAUGACAACACGUGCGUCAAACAAACAGAAUUGUCAGAACUGAACACAUUUUACAAAUGUUAUGCAAAAAGUCUCUCGUGCUAGUGCCUGCUGACUGAUACGAUUGUUCAAAUCAAAGAUUGACAAGUGAGAGCUUUAAAAGAUGAAAAAAAAUCAAACGUUACCAAUUGUGUUCUUGUAUUUUGAAUGUGUCAGGAAGAAAUAAUGUAAAAAAUUUAAGAGCAUGUAGUGAUUCUGUUUAUGCUGAUGAAAUAAAAGACAUUUAUUCCUUUAA